AUGGGGCUAACGGACUACGCCACCACCCUAACCACCUCCGCCGCCGCACUCUCCUCCUACAAAUGGCUCGGCCUCGUCACCGCCGUCUGGGUCCAAGCCAUCUCCGGCAACAACUACACCUUCGCCAACUACUCCCACGCCCUCAAAUCCCUAAUGAACCUCACUCAGCUCCAGCUCAACAACCUCUCGGUCGCUAAAGACGUCGGCAAGGCAUUCGGCCUCCUCGCCGGCCUCGCUUCCGACCGAUUCUCCACUCCCGUCCUCCUCCUCAUCGGCUCAAUCGAAGGCCUCAUCGGCUACGGCGUCCAGUGGCUCGUCGUCAGCGGCCGGAUCAGUCCUUUGCCUUACUGGCAGAUGUGCGUCUUCCUCUGCCUCGGCGGCAACAGCACCACCUGGAUGAACACCUCGGUGCUCGUGACCUGCAUCCGCAACUUCCGCCGCAACCGCGGGCCGGUCUCCGGGAUCUUGAAAGGAUUCGUCGGGUUGUCCACCGCAAUCUUCACAGAUCUCUGUUCCGCCUUCUUCUCCGACGAUCCGGCGACUUUCCUGCUCAUGCUGGCCUUAGUCCCCUUCUUCGUCUGCCUCGCCGCCGUCUUCUUCCUCCGCGAGAUCCCGCCGGCCACUACUAUGGCGGAGGAGAAGGAAGAGGGGAAAUACUUCUCCGCAUUCAAUGUCGUCGCUGUGGUAGUCGCGUUCCUCCUACUGGCCUACGAUUUCACCCCCAAUCCGACCCGAGGACUCUCCCUAGGGUUCGGAAUCACUCUCCUCGUCCUCCUCGCGUCGCCGCUCGCCGUACCGGUCCACAAAUUGGUCAACGGAUUGAGAAUCGCCGCCGCCGAAGCCGACAUUGAGCGGGUGCAGGGCGCCACUGACGAACCGCUUUUGCAGGAAUCGACGGCGGAGGAGAAGGCGGUUGAGGUGGUGGAGGAAGAUGGAGAGGAGGUAACGAGAAAGCCGGUGAUCGGAGAGGAGCAUACGAUUGGGGAGGCGCUAAGGACGGCGGAUUUCUGGAUUCUGUUCGUUUCGUUUCUGUGUGGAGUGGGGACGGGUUUGGCGGUGAUGAACAACACCGGGCAAAUCGGGCUGGCCCUUGGAUACGUCGACGUUUCGAUCUUUGUAUCGUUGACGAGUAUUUUCGGGUUCUUCGGAAGGAUUCUAUCCGGGUCGGUGUCAGAGUACUUUGUCAAGAAAUCUGGAACCCCAAGACCACUCUGGAAUGCAGCAUCCCAAAUCCUGAUGGCAGUGGGAUACAUCCUCCUAGCCGCGGCCCUACCAGGCUCGCUCUACGUGGGCUCGAUUGUCGUCGGGAUCUGCUACGGAGUCCGCCUGGCUGUCUCGGUGCCGACCGCAUCAGAGCUCUUCGGCCUGAAAUACUACGGCCUGAUCUACAACAUCCUGAUCCUCAACUUGCCACUGGGCUCCUUCCUCUUCUCCGGCUUGCUUGCCGGGCUCCUCUACGAUGCCGAGGCCACCCCUACUCCCGGCGGAGGCAACACCUGCGUCGGAGCUCACUGUUACAGGAUGGUCUUCAUCGUCAUGGCUAUAGCUUGCAUUGUCGGGUUCGCUCUUGACGUGCUCUUGGCAGUGAGGACCAAACCGGUUUACGCCAAGAUUUAUGCGAGCAGGAAGUCGAAGAAAUCUGGAGGCAACAGCCAAUGA